AUGGAAGACGAUAAUGCAUUGGAUAUUGUCAAAUGGUUGUUUAAAAGUGACACAAUUGUGGAUUUGGAGGGAACUUUGAAGAUUAUUGAAACUGACAAAGAAACUGUUUGGAAUGUAAGUUUUUUGACUAUUAUUUAUUGGAUUUUAGGUGUCAUUUGAAAUGGAGGAUGAGGAAUUGCUUUUUCUGAAGAUAAUUCAGAUGUUAUCAUAGACAAAAUGAUAGAGAAGAUGGUUUUUGCUAUAACUUUUUGGAAUAGAUAGCUAAAACCUUGAAAUUUUGUGUGAAUGUGGAGAAAACAAUGCCUCAACUGUUUUUUAAAUUAAAUUUUAAAUUUUGGAUUAAUAAACAAGUUACAGCCAUUUUACGAUAAACCAAAUUUUAGGCUCGAUUGCGAGGGAAUUUGUUGGGUUUACAGCCAGUUGACGUUAUAGUAGAGCCAUAUUUGUUGAUUUGUGAGAAGUUGGUUGUAAAACGAACAGAAGAUCAACAGAAGCCGAGGUUUUGUGUUACUUAUGGUCAAAGUGAGCUAUUAUUAGAGGCGGAAAGUGAAACAAAGCUUUAUGAUUGGAUGGUUAAGGUAUGUUUAGGCUUUGAACUUGAAAUUUAAUCUUAAAUGGCUAUAUUUUUUAAAAUUAAAAUAUUUUUCAGUUAGCAAUAUGUUCUCAUCAGAAGACCCAAGCUGAAUUGGACGCAGUUCUCAACGAAUUCAACUUGGAAGCAGCUAAAAUAACAUCAGAAGUCAGGUCACCAGGAUCUCCAAUGUCUCACUUUUUCUUGACAUGUCCGAUUAAGAAAGAUCAUACUUUUUCAGUUUUUCAUGUAAGUUUUUUGUUUGUUUAUUGAGUUUUAGGGUUCUUUGAUUGUAAUAUUAAGUUAGGUUGUAACCGAAACAUAUAAUUUUUUACAGACUCCAAACCUUCUAAAACUCAAAUUUCAGUCUUUUAACAUGCCAAACCGUACGAUAACAUGCGAAGAAAUUAUGUAUGAAAGCAAGUUGUCAGUCGUGAUACCAACAAACAUCAUUUCGAUUUUUGAAAAAUGGUGGACAGAUCUGCGGGCUGAUCUACUACAACAUCUGUCGAAUUUGAGGAAUGCUUCGAUGGACGCUGCUUCACAUUAUGUGAUUCGGCAUUUGAAUUCGAAUUUGGAAAUCUACAGUCAGAUGAAGGAAUUUAUGCAGGAUUACAGCGGACCUAACUUUAGGUAUGGCAUUGCGGAGGAUUUUUGAAAUUUUGAAAAGGAAAUUGAAAGUUUAGAGUUUUUUUUUUGGAAAGAAAGUUUUGGUAUAAUUAAGCUGCUAAUUCGUUAGCUAGGGUUUAUAUAUUUUGUAUAGCUUUUUUUGCAGCUAUAAGGGAAGACUUAAUGCUAAAAAUCUCAUUCAUCCUUUCCUUUUUAGAUCAUCCAAGGAAAAAUACCGACUAGCCUUUGGUCUAGUCCCUACAAAUCUUCAUGUACAAAGUUUUAAAGUAGCCGAACACGAAUGGAACUAUGUCACGUGUGGAGCAAUAGCUGGUACACCUUUGCGAUUCAAAUUAGGUGGUUUAAGUCGACUCAGAGAUACUUUAAUGGCCGGUUUACAGCCAAACAGUCAAGAUUACCUACUGGAAACAAGGUUUUUCACAAGGAGAAAGACAUUGAUCAAUGCCAAAAGAGUCGUUGGUGAUCUGAGUCGACGGGUUGAGAAUGAUUGGAACUUAAGUGAAUAUGGUAAAGUAGACAAAGUUGGCAUUAAACUGUUUUCGGAGGUUAAGCAGGUAUGUUUUGAGUGGUCUUUAUUGUUGUUUUAGGUUACUUUAUGGCUGAAAAUGAAGAGGAAUCUUGUUAAGACUAUUUUUUUAUGUUUUACAAAGCUUUUUUGGGCUUAAACAGUUAAAACCUGCCCUUAAAAGCUUCAAAAACAGUAAAAACUCAAGUCUAACUCUUUAAAAUCAGUUAAAUUCUUAAUAAAACGACAUUUUUAGUUAUACGAACUCCUAACCGAUCUCAUAAACUCAUUCCCAAAUGUACAUAACCUAGUUGAUGCCCUAUGCCCUGGAGGAUUAGCUCAAUUAGAACACAGACAAGGAGAAGAUCCUUUGGUGUCAGACACGUUAGCUACACAAUUAGAUGCGCUGGAAGCGGCGGUGAUCAGUUUGAACACCAAAAUGGCUGUAAUUGAUAAGGUGGAGGACAAUACGGUCGGUUUUUAGAUUUUUUUGUGAAUUGGUUUACUGGUACUGAAUAGUACUAAAAAUAUAACGAACUCCUCUAUAACGAAACUCCUGUAUAACGAACAACUUUUGAAUACCCGAGCAAUUUGUUAUACAGGAGUUCCACUGUAGAAGAUAAAUUUUGUGGUUUUGGCACUGAGUAGUAAUAUAUAGUAUCAAUAAUCAAAAAAAUAUAAACUUUGUGUUAUUGGUACUGUAUGGUACUAUAUAGUACUAAAAGUUGAAAAAAGGUAGCGUUUGUAUUUUUUAUGCUGAAUAGCAUUAUACAGUACCAACAAUUGGAAAAAAGAGGAUUUUUGUGUUUUUGUUACUAAGUGGUACUAUAUGGUACCAAAAAUUGAAAAUUUCUAACUUUAUCUUUUUUUAUUGCUGGAUGGUACCAAAUAGUACGAAAAACUUAAAAACAUGAAUUUUUUGAUUUUUGUUACAGGAUGGUGCUAAAUAGUACCAAAAAUGCUACUUUUUUGUUAGUGGUACUAGAAAACACGGAAUUUUGAAUGCUGUUUUGAUACUUUUCAGCACUAUCUUUUGGUACUACUUACCACUAUAUAUAAAACUAUAUUUAACCUUCCUUUCAGGACGCUCGAGUAUCGUUCAAAGAGAACGCGAAAGCCUCGUUGAAUGCCGUCUUGGACAUGAUCCUAAAACUGAUCGAUUCCCUAUUCUAUGGCCAACUUCUCGGAGUAAUUGUAGCCUUACGAAAGCAGUCGGACGCCUCAACCUACUUUCAUAUGCAAAUACGACACGAUAUGAUCAUGUCACAGGCAGUUACACUGAUCUCAACAUGUCUACUGACAGCGUUGGAGACGUUAUCAGCUGAUAAGAUAGCUAUAUGGCAGAGGAUUGACCCAUUAGUGACGUACUUUGGGUUCUUGUCGUGUUAUGGAGAUGAGAGAGGCAUGAUGGAGGAUAUGAGAGAGAUCUGGAGUGUCUUUUAUGGCAGAGUUCAGUUCAAGUUUAUCGAAGCUAAUUCAACGGUAGGGGGGGGGGAUGUUUUAUUGAUUUUGGGGGUGAUUAUAAGAUUUUUGGUACUAUUUUGGGCUUUUGGUCACUUUCUUUUGGUAUUUGGUACUAAUGGUACUUGGUUUAGUUUGUGGUACUAUUUUUUUUUAAUUUUGUACUAAUAUGGAUUUUUAGUCUCAAUUCACAAAUAUUAGUUAUAUUUUUUAAUUUUGGCACUCUGAUGAUUGUCUGGUACCUUUUUUAGAGUUUGGUACACUUUUCAACUUUUUUAAUACUAUGUUUUGAAAUUUGUUACCAUUAUGGUUCUUCGGUCCCAUUUUACAAAAUUUAGUGAUAUUUUUAAACUUUGGCACUUUGUUUUUGUUUUGGUACCGUUUUAAGUUUUUGGUACAAUUUUUUUAUUUUUUAGUACUACUUUUCUAACUUAAAACUUCAAAUUUCCAGGCCAAAAACCUGUAUACCUCAAGUAGAUGGUGAACACCCAACCGACUUGACCAUCACAAUACCAUUAACAUCCGAUCUGAUGGCUAAACUGCCAGAACGAAUGAAAAAAGGAGAAACCUUUAGGGUUAGAACGUUUUACUGGAACAUUGGAGUAAAUCAUGAAGCGACAUAUGCAAUGAGAUUAGGUGACAUAUCAUUGGAAGAGAGCAUCAACAUUACUGCGACAACCUUAUUGUCGCAAUAUGUCAAUGAAAUGGGGCAGGAGGUGAAGGAAGAGACUCAUAGGAUCAUGGAGGAGUUGAAACGAACGGUAUGAGGGUUGAAAUUGUUUAGAUUUUGAGGAAAAAAUAAUGUUUUUGGUAGAUUUUUUAGCUUUUUCGUAUGUUUUAAGACGGAAUUUUUGAUGAAAAAUUGUUAAUACAUAAGAUCAAGAUUAAGAACUGAUAAAACCCAAUUUUCAGGUUGAUGAUUGCCCCUCAAGGAAGAAUAUGGCCAUGUUUUCGAAAGUCCAAGACCUGACCCGCGCCCUGAACGGAGUCUGUGUAAUAUCCUGCAAAAGUGGCAAAGACCGCUCUUCCAUGGGAAUCACGCUGGAAGAGGGCCGGUCACUCAAAGAAACUAUCGGGAUUUCACAGCAGCAGGUAGGGGUUUUGUUAUAGAUAUUUUUUGAGCGUAAAGGCCCCUUUUUAAGGUUUUUAGGUUUAAAAUUCAAUUUUAAAAUUUGUUAUAUUGAUCUAAAAUAACAUUUUAUGGGUUUUUUAUUACCUAAAAUAACAUUUUAAAAGCGUUUUGUUACCUAAAGUACCAAUUUACAAGCUUUUUGUUAUCUAAAAUAUCAUUUUAUAAGCGGUUUGUUACCUAAAGUACCAUUUUAUAAGCUUUUUGUUACCUAAAUACCAUUUUAAAAGCUUUUUGUUACCUAAAAUUCCAUUUUUCAUAAACUUUUCAAACUUAAAAUACCAUUUUUAUGGCUUUUUUAUAGUAAAAGUGACCUUUCUUUUCAAAAACUAGGUUGAAAUUUGAAAAAAACUGCCACUUUAGGUCGAAGAAAUAGUGGACUGCCUCCGCCGCGACGGCGUCCGCCGAGAGAAUUGUCGCAAAAACGUUGGCAAAGCCAUGUACUCCUUCAGCCCAUUCCAAAUGCACUUCCUACCCAAAGAAUUCCGCCCACCCGCCGGCACUUUCACUCACAAUGUAUCAUCCUAA